GUCGCUCGCAUCUGUGCAUCUCUGUGCUGUAUAAAACAAUACACAUUUCUCUAACUGAUUGCAUAAUAGGAACAAAGCGGGAGACGUCGAGCUCGCGUCUGAACAAACCUCUUUGUCCGCGACGUCAGCAGCCAUGGGGACGCCUCUUGAGCUUAUCAAAUAUAAUACUGACUCGGGCACGUUUGAAAUUGGCAAGGCUGCCCUGGACACGCUGCGCAAGGUCAAGGGACCAGUGGCGGUGGUGGCCGUCUGCGGCCGAGCACGCCAGGGCAAGAGCUUCAUUCUGAACCAGCUCCUGCUCAAGAGCAGCGGGGGCGGCUUCCAGGUGGGCGCGACGCACCGGCCCUGCACCAAGGGGCUCUGGAUGUGGUCGUCACCGCAGCAGGUGACUGCUGCGGACGGCUCCAAGCACCACCUGGUGCUGCUGGACACGGAGGGCAUUGACGCCUACGACCAGACCGCCCAGUACAGCACCCAAAUCUUCAGCCUGGCGGUGCUGUUGUCCAGCAUGUUUGUGUACAACCAGAUGGGCGGCAUUGACGAGUCCGCGCUGGACCGGCUCAGCCUGGUCACGGAGAUGACCAAGCACGUGCGCGUGCGGGCGGCGGCCGGCAGCGCAGGCGGCGAGGAGGGCCUUGGCGAGCACUCCCCCGUGUUCCUGUGGCUACUGCGCGACUUCUACCUGCAGCUGGAGGAGGAGGGCGGGCGCAAGAUCACGCCGCGGGACUAUCUGGAGACUGCGCUGCGGCCGGUGCCGGGCGCGGGUCCGGCGGUGAGCGCCAAGAACGGCAUCCGCGCCUCCAUCGCCGGCCUGUUCCCCAACCGGGACUGCUUCACGCUGGUCCGGCCCAUGCACGACGAGGCGGCGCUGUCCGCCAUGGACUCCCUGCCGCGGGACAAGCUGAGGCCCGAGUUCCAGGCGGGUGUGAAGCAGCUGACGGAGAUGAUCCUGAGCCGCGCGCAGCCCAAGCGCUUCGGCUCCAUGGGCGCCAUGACGGGCCCGGUGCUGGCGGGGCUGGUGGGCGCCUACGUGGGGGCCAUGAACAACGGCGCCGUGCCCACCAUCGCCACAGCCUGGCAGGGUGUGGCGGAGUCGGAGUGUCGGCGCGGCUGCGACGCGGCGGAGGCGGCCUACGCGGCGGCCUGGGCGGCGGGCGGCGCGGUGGCGGCGGAGGAGGCGGAGCUGGAGGCGCGACACCAGUCCUGCCUGGCCGCCGCGCGGGCCGCGUUUGAGGACAUCGCGGUGGGCGACGAGGCCAUCAAGCGCGCGCACGAGCAGCGCUGGCAGGCCUCUGUGGCUGCGCGCUACAAGGACGUGCGCGGGCGGCUGCUGGCGGAGGCGGCGGCGGCCGUGAACGAACUUCUGUACCGGGGCGCCAGCGAGGUGGCGGCGGCCGCCCGCGGUGGAGCCGACCUGCCCGCGCUGCAGCAGCGGCUGGCGGCGUUUGUGGCGGGGUACGACAAGGCGGCGGCGGGGCCCACCAAAUGGGUCAAGUUGGCGGCGUGGCUGGGCGAGACGUGGCCGGCGGCGGCGGGGCAGGUGCUGGACCGGCAGGCGGCUGCGGCGCGCUCGGCGGCUGAGGCGGCGGCGCGCGAGGCCACCGAGCUCAAGAGCCAGCUGGCAGCGGAGCGGCAGCGGGCGGAGCAGGCUGAGCGGCUGGCUGCGGACGCCGGCGCCUCCUCCGCCUCGCUGCAGACCCAGUUGGCGGCGCUGCAGCAGGAGGCGGCGAGGCUGCGGGCGGCGGCCGACCAGAAGGCAGCCAAGGUGGCUGCGCUGGAGGCUCAGAUGAGUGAGGUGCUGCUGGUCAGCGAGCGCAAGCAGGCCAGUGCGGGCGAGCUGGCGGAGGCUCGGGUGCGGGCGGCGGCGUCUGAGGCGGCGGCAAAGGUGGCGGAGGUGACGGCGGCGUUGACUGCUGAGCGCGCCCGCGCCGCCUCCCUGACCGCCGACCUGGAGGGCCUCACCGUGCGGUGCGGCGCCGCCGAGAGCCGGCUGGCGGCGCGGGAGGCGGAGGCGGACGAGUGGCGGGGCAAGUACGGGCGCGAGGCGGCGGCACGUGUGGAGCUACAGGGGCAGCGCGACCAGGCUCGUGAUGCUCUGGCGCUGCUGACCAUGGAGCGGGACAGUGCGGCGCGGGAGCGGGACGCGGCGCGGGCGGAGCUGGCGGCGGCGCGGGCGGACCUGGCGGCAGAGGCGGGGGCCAAGGGUGCCAUGCAGUCCCGGCUGGAUGAGUUGGUGGCGGAGGCGCAGGCGGCGCGGGCGCAGGCGUUUGGGGUCAGCACCGGCGGCGGCGGCGGAGGCGGCAACGACGAGAACGCCCACCCCGACGCCAACGGCGGCGCCGCGCCUGCCGCCGCUGCCGGAGCGGCGGCGGCGGGCCGCGGGCCCUUGGCGGACGCCGGCAAUGUGGGCGCAAUGACGGUGCAGGAGAUCAAGGACGCGCUCACACAGGCGGGUUUCAUGGACGAGGUAUGGGCGCUGACCAACCGCAAGCCCGCGCCCAAGAAGGCGGACUGGGUGGACCUCAUGCGGCGGCGGGCGGCGGCGCAGCAGUAGCAGCAGCGGCUGCAGCAGCAGCAGUGAUGAUGGUGAUGGCACUUGGUUUGCAGAGCUGGUUUGGUGUUGGCGGUGCCUGUGGCUGGGCGAGGGUUGCCUCGAAGCAGCUGGGCGCCAGGCAGGGAAGGCACGGCUAAUGACGAGUGGUGACGGCUAGGGCCCAAAUGCCGUUUCGACACGCGGCGGCGGCAGCGGCGGCGGCGGGCAGUAGCAGCUGCGUUGAAUUCCUACUUAAGCAAGAGCAGAGGGUGGUGAGAAGCAUUGUCCCGAGUGUGACGGCUAGAAUCCUGGCCCACGUAUCCAACAAGGUGGGCAAGGGGCAGCAGCGGCUGCGGUGGAAGGCGGGCGGCGGCGGCGUCGGGAGGACGGAGGCAGGAAUAUGACGGCUCAUGUAUCAAGCGUGGGCUGUGCUGCAGAGGCUGUGGGUUCCACCGUGCCAGCAGGUGUUGGCCUCUUUGAAUGCUGGUGAUUGCGCGAGGCAGCCCGCGGCCGACGGCCCACGACUCGGGGCCCCCAGAGCGUGUCAU